AUCCAUAUCCGUAACGUAAUUUCACCAAAGCAAGAAACCCAAUAAACAUGCGUUGUCGAUGUGGAUCUAGCAAAGUUGAAAGUGAUCCCUCCACCGGUACUGUCUACUGUGUUGGAUGCGGUGAAGUAUUAGAGGAGAAUACAAUGGUGUCUGAAGUGUCUUUCCACGAGAUGUCGGGUGGAAAGACAGUUCUCUCCGGUUCUUAUGCAGGCGAAUCAGGUCGUAUCUCAUCCGGCGGACCGUUUGGUGGUCGGGGUGGUAGAGCUGGACAAGAGCAAGCAAUGGAAAAUGGUCGUCAAAAGAUUGCACGUCUUUCAUUUGCUCUUCACCUAUCAGAACGAUUUCGAGAGGCUGCACAACGAUAUUACAAUCUAGCAGUAGUAAAUCGAUUCACAAGAGGUCGUAAAAGUGAUCAUGUAGCAGCUGUGUGUCUCUACAUUGUGUGCAGAAAUGAACAAAGUUCUCAGAUGUUGAUCGAUUUCUCAGAUCUACUUCAAGUAAAUGUGUUUAUGCUUGGUGCGACUUUUCUUAAGUUGGUCCGUGUACUUUGCCUUAAACUUCCGUUGGUGGAUCCAUCGAUUUAUAUAUCUCGCUUUGCUGCUGCCCUUGACUUUGGUGAAUAUACUCAACGUGUAGCACAGGAUGCCGUGCGUCUUGUACAGCGUAUGGACCGUGAUUGGAUUCGAACUGGUCGUCGUCCUGCUGGUAUUUGUGGCGCAUGUUUACUGAUCGCUGCCCGAGUAAAUGGCUUUAGACGUACCACACGCGAGAUGAUUUAUAUUGUAAAGGUUGCAGACGUUACUAUUCAGAAAAGAUUAAAAGAAUUCAAUACGACCGAUUCUUCGAAUCUUAGUGUGAGAGAUUUCCGAACAAUGUGGCUAGAAACAGAAGCCGACCCACCAGCAUUUUCUACCCCUAUAAAUGAUGCGAAUCUAGAAAAGGGAAGCGGUGAAGUGGCAUCAAUUAGAGCUGCUGAUGACGAGGCUACCCAAGUUGCACAAUCAGGCGAAGACGAUGAUGCCACCCAAGUCGAGAAACGAGUUGAGGAUGAAGACGCUACUCAAGUAGAGAUACCCGUUGAAGGAAGAGAUGUCGUAAAAAGCAAAAAACCAGAUAAUGUAGACGCAAAUUAUGACAUUCCUGAAACAUCAGACGCUGUCAACCCAGAUGUCGAAAAUGAUGCUGCAGAACUAGAGAAGGAGCUUGCUACCUGGAUGAACGAUAAAUCUCUAAUGGAAGCAACGGAAGCUCUAGAAGUAGGAAAACAAAAUCAAGAUGAAAGCCUUUCCGAUGUUGACGAUGAAGAGAUUGAGGCUAUGAUUCUUACUAACGAUGAAGUAAAUGCAAAGACAAUCGUAUGGUACAACGCAAACAAGGAGUACCUUGAAGAAAUGGCUGCAAAAGCAAGAAAGCAAGAAAUGGAUAGAAAGAAUGGCAUUUUUACAAAAAAAGGCAAAUCUGGUAAGCGGAAGAGACCCACUCAAGCAAACACCCCAGCGGAGGCAGCCAAACAGUUGGUUAUCCAAAAGAAACUAUCGAAGAAGAUUAAUCAGGCUGUGUUUGAUGACAUGUUU